AUGUGCUCUAAUUACCAACUAACUAUCGGAGGCACACUUUUUCCUCAUAACGUAGUCCAUAAAGCUACAUGGAAAUCGCCAGAUGGGCACACAACAAACCAAAUUGAUCACUUUUUAAUUAGCCGGAAGUGGAGAAACUCACUUUUUGAUGUAAGAGCGUACAGAGGAGCAGACAUUAACAGUGAUCAUUACCUACUGAUUGCUCAAAUAAAAUUAAAAAUUGCAAAGAUUCGGAACACACAACCGCUAAGACGUAAAUUCGAUCUUCGUCGACUGGCUUCUCCUAACAUUCAAAACCAAAUAAAGCACCAGAUAGAAGAAAUAAACAUCGAUAAUUCAACUGUAAAUAUAGAAGAGAAAUUGGAAGAAGUGAAAGAAAGCCUUCAAAAGAUUGCCGAAGAAAACCUCGGAUAUCAGAGACAUAUUAAAAAGCCAUGGAUCUCAGAUGGCACAUGGGAAAAGAUUAAAGAAAGAAAAGAAAUUAAACAAAAAAUUCUACAAGUUAGCCACAGCACACAAAUAAGAACACUAGAGGAGCAAUAUCGCCCAAAGAAUAAGGAAGUGAAGAGAUCGGCAAGAAGAGAUAAAUGCUUGUGGACAGAAGAACUUGCAGAAAAAGCUCAACUGGCAGCUGAAAUAAAUGAUUCCACGACACUUUAUCGCACUACUAAAACGCUUGCCAAUAAAAACAUUAAUAGGGAAUGUCCCAUAGUGAAAGAUAAAGAAGGAAAUAUACUGACCUCAAAAGAGAAUCAGCUGCACAGAUGGACAGAAUUUUUUAGUGAGCCUCAACAGGUAACAAAUAAUAUUGAUGAGGUACCAACGUCUCCAACAGAGAACUGCAAAUCUAGAAUCGCAACACGUGCUCCAUCGAUUCAAGAAAUUAAGCAAGCAUUAUCACAGCUUAAAACUGGCAAAGCGGCAGGUCCUGAUAAUAUACCCGCUGAACUAUUUAAGAUACACCCAGAAAACAUUGUACAGCUACUAGAGACAAUAAUAAAAAGCAGUUGGGAAACAGAACAUAUCCCGUCAACGUGGAAAGAAGGACUUAUUGCAAAACUCCCCAAGAAGGGCGACUUAUCCCAGUGUAAAAACUGGCGAGGCAUUACCUUACUUAACACCAUUAACAAGAUAAUUGCUAUAGUCAUCCAAAAAAGAAUAUCAGAUGCCCUUGAACCGACUUUGAGAAAAGAACAAGCAGGCUUUAGGCCUGAAAGAUCAUGUAUCGACCAAAUUAAUACUCUCAGAAUAAUAAUAGAGCAAUCUCAAGAGUUCAGAUCGCCAUUAUACAUGGCGUUUGUGGAUUUUCAAAGAGCAUUCGAUACUAUAAAACACAUAGCCAUCUGGAAAGCUUUGAGAGAAAAAGGAAUACCCGAAAAAACAAUCCGCAUGAUUAAAAUGCUUUAUCAUGAUGCUACAAGCUGUGUAUUACAUAAAAGUCAAGCGGGGGAGAAAAUUUCUAUUGCACGCAGCCCUAUAUCGAAGGCGCCCACCUUCGAUAUGACAAAUACCCCAAACGUCAGUGGUAUAUCUGGCAAAGCCGGAAAGGAUCCAUUCCGAAUAUAA